CAGAUCCUUCUUCUUUUCCUCCUCAGCGGGAAUGAUGCUCCUGCUGCUCCAGACUUUGACCUCCCUGCUCCUGACAGGUGGUGGGUGGGCUCGGAGCACCUGUCCCCCUCCCUGCAAUUGUGAAGAUGUCCAGAAGUCGCAGCGUGUCACCUGCGUGGAGGUGGGCCUGAGAUCCGUGCCCGCCGAGCUGAGCAGCGUCACCUCCUCUCUAGAUCUGAGCGGGAAUGAGCUGACGGAGCUGUCGGCCCACGACUUCGCCCGUCUGCACCGCCUCCGUGAGCUGUUUCUGCACAACAACCGUCUGAGGAGAGUUUCCUCCGAGGCGUUCCACAACCUGAAGAAGCUCAGAUCGCUCCGACUGGAUGCUAACUUCCUGUCCCGCCUGCCAGCUGCCUCCUUCAGAGGCCUGUCUUCUCUGUGUCACCUGUGGUUGGAUGAAAACGUCCUGACAGAGGUUCCUGUCGCUGCUCUGAGGGCUCUGACACAGUUGCAGGCUCUCAGUCUCGCCCUCAACACCAUCAGCCACGUCCCUGACCGAGCCUUCGCCUCCCUCGAUCAGCUGCUGGUGCUACAUCUCCAUGGGAACCGUAUCCACUCUGUGGGAAGGAGGUCCUUCGAUGGACUGAAGAAUCUGGAGAUGCUAGAUCUGAGCUUCAACAGGAUCGACAGAUUUCCUGCAGCCAUCAGACAUCUGAGCCACCUGAGAGAUCUAAACCUGCAGAACAACUACAUCCCAGUCCUCCCAGAAAACGCCUUCACCGGAAACCCGUCGCUCCUCUCCAUAAACAUCCGGAACAAUCCUGUUCACACUGUGGGUCACUUGCCCCUCCGCCUGCUCUCUGACCCGCUAAGUCUAUCUCGGAGGGGAAGCAUCUUCUCACACUUCACUGAGCGCAGGAAGGAAACACCGAUGCUGGACGUCGUUCCUCUGUGUGAUCAGUCUGUGGAGCCAUCGAGCAGCUCUCCACCCAGAACCACCCACGAAGACUACCUGCUCCACUUCAACAUAUCCUUCAUCUUCUUUAUCUCUGUCCUCCUCAACCUGCUGGUCCUGCUCUCCUUCCUGCUCCUCUCUUCAGUUCUUACACCUUCCUCCUCCUCCUCCUCCUCACUGUGUCUCCUCGCCGUCCUCGUCUGGUUUCACCUUCUCACAGCUCUCUGUGGUUCCAUUGUCCUUAGCACAGAUGGUUUCUGGGGAUCCAACCUGGAGAUGGUCUCUGGGAUCAGCAGCUUCCUGUUCUUCUGCUUUGAGGUGUGCGUCCUCAUCACGAUGGUGGCGGGUUUCAGGUCGCGGCCUGCAGGCUUGUAGGCUGAAAUACAUCAGCAUCAGCUGCAGUCCAGUUUAUUUGAAACUGAAUUUCAGUCAUUUUCUUUUCUUCAUUCUGCAGCUCUGUAUUUGAUUUUUUCUGUUGUGAGUUAAUAUUGAAUUCAUGAU